AUGAAUUGUACUGAUGUGCAGAAAUUGCAGUUUGGCACUCACAUGCUAGAGAAGGAACCUGAGGAUUGGUGGGGUAAUACCGUGCAGAGAUUUGAUGAGGAAGGCAUGGAAUUUACUUGGGCUCUUUUCCAUGAUGCAUUUUUGGAAAACUAUUUUCCGGAAGAUGUGCAUGGAAAGAAAGAGGUUGAAUUUCUGGAGUUGAAGCAAGGAAAUGGAACGGUGGCGGAGUAUGCUGCAAAAUUCCAAGAGUUGAUUCAAUAUUGUUCUCAUUACAGUACUACGAAUGUGGAGAGGUCUAAGUGUUUGAAGUUUAUGAAUGGUUUGAGGCAUGAUAUCAAGAAGUCUAUUGGCUACCAACAUAUUACUUAUUUUGCGGAGUUGGUUAACAAGAUUCAGAUUUAUGAUGAGGAUAGUAGGGAGAGUGCUUCUAACUACAAGUCUUCGAAUGAUGGGAAAGGGAAAGGACAAUACCGUGGGAAACCGUAUGAUGAUAAGAAGAAGCAGAAAGUUUUAUUAGCCUUAUUGGUUUUGUGGUGA